AGCUUAUGCUUGGCAAUCAUCCUCUCCAGAAAGAGUCAUACAUGGAAGAUACACAUGCAUUCAUUCCUGUGAAGCCGAGUCCUAAGGUCCUGUGCAUGCUGAAUGGAACUAUUUCGUAUAAGGAUCCAUUCACCCCUGUGAAUCAAGUAACUGAUAAGAAGACCCCAAGGGUCCCAGAGACAUAUCUGGGACUCUCAAUGUAUACUUCCUUUGCACAUGGAAAUAAGACAGUAUUUUCACACCCUAAUUCUCCAAAGACGACUAAGGAGAAAUUUGGGUUUUUGAAUAAUUUUAGUGACAUUGUGUCCACUCCAAGAACAUUCGGGUUACUUUCAGAAUACGAAAGAGGUCUACUCUCUAAACCUGGGGUUAUCGAAUACUCAAAAGUCUCAAAUUUUGUGAGAAAUAAGAGAAUCAAGAGCAUCGUUGAUCUUAAAUAAGCGUCAGGCUAGAAUCAGGAUGGAUAAAUGGGAGGGAAGCCUCAGAGGCAAUCUCAGGCCUAAGACUACUAAUUACCUUCAGAAAGUACUUGAGAAGGAAUCUUAUGAAAAUAAUAUUGAAAAAUAGCAUCCUACUCGUUCACAAAGGAAUCAAGAAUGAUUUUCAGAAUUCUAUAAAGAAGAACAAUAGCAUUAUCAUCGACUUGACUGGAGAUAAAAAGAGGAAAAUAGUUCAGAGGAAAGACCAUAGAGAAGCCAAUACCUCCCUCAUGGCGGAGAGGUUGGCUCCAGAAGUGGAGCAAAGACACUUUAGUCAGCCCCAUUCUCCUCGUGAGAAGAGCAUUACAGGGGUUUCAAAGAACAAGUACGUAAUUGGUAGAGGAAAGAAAGCGUCGAUAAAAUUAGUGAAAAAUAAUCACACGCUAGGAGGAAAUACACAGUUUCCAAAGGAUACAAUCUCAUCUAUUGAAAAAUACACAAUCAAAAGAGAGAAUAAUUUGUCUAAAACCCAAAAGAAUAGGUACCAUCAGCGUCGGAUAGAUAACUUUUCAAAAGAAUAUGAUAUCGACCAUACCUUUGGUAAGGUAGAUGCAGGAGUUGGACCUGGUAGUUCUACCAAGAGGAAAGCUUCUGCAAGCCAUAUCAGCUCGAAUAAUUAUGAUGAAACUUGCACAAAUCUUGGGAAUGAUUUUUCAAAUGAUGAGUCCAGUAUCCACGUAAAUGAUCAUCGGAGAACGAGUAAUAUCAAUACUGAUUAUUAUGCAAAGUCUAAUCUUGGGAGUCCAUUAAACCCAUUAAACAAGGCUUACAUCACCGUUGGUUCUCCAAAGUAUCUACUUCCUGUGUCUAACAAGCGAUCCUUUGCUAAGAAGAUGAAAGAGGAGGAUAAUCCAAACCAUCGCAAUACCAAAAGUGCUGGUAGAUUUACGAUCAUCAAGAAUGUCUGUAAAAUAGAUUUUCCUGAAGAUCAGGACUAUCAAAAUAGGGAGAAUUCCUUCCUAUCAAGGAAGAAGAAAGUGAGAGAUUUGAAUAAACCAAGAUUCUGGGUUUCCACAAAGAAGAACCCAACUGGAAAGAACCAUGUUUUCCAGUCUAGUGGCCUUUACGAAAGCUUCAAGCUAGAGAAGUACUUGGCAGAGCAGACUGAAAAAGAGGAGCAGUUCACUAUAUCAAAUAUAAAGCCAAAGAACCGUAAAGACAUGUUCUUCAACAAGAGAAAGCAAAAGGUAGUCCCUCCCAACAAGGAAGGCAAGAAGAUCAAUGAGAGAGAGCGUCGGAUCAAUGACGCUAAACGGAAGCAGAACUCGGUCAGUCAACCUGACCCAAAUGUUAUCCUGCUGCAACGCUCUGUUGCUAAGGACAAAUCGACUAAGAUAGUCGCUAAUGAAGAGUUUCUGAAUUAUGACCUGAAAACUUUCCAUGUGAAGAAGUCCAAACUUGAUUCAAAAGAAAGCAUUGGAAGCCAAAAUAUGGACUACGGCUCCUUCACUGAGCAAAAAAUGGAAGGAAGCGUCAGCAGUCCAGCUAGGACUCGAGAAGAAGCAGUAGAAGAUUAUAGACUCGAGCAAAGAUUUUUGGAUGAUACUCAACCUAUUAAAAUAGAAGACGAUAAGCCUGAACCAAAGCCUAAACCUAAAAAGAAACUAGGCUAUAUUCAGGAAGAGACAGCAGAGAGUGUUAGUUCAGAAGAAGGCAGGGCAAGACAAAGGAGUACCUUGCUAAAGAAUUCCUUGGCUAGUAAAGUCAGGACUUCUGCCACUAAAUAA